CUUCUAAACUCAUCGUGUGGUGCACUCUGUCCACUUCUCGUCUCUUUUUCGUUCAAUCCUCGCGUGUUUUUGAUGGAUCGCGGUGGAUAUUUAAGUUAGCCUAUGUUUGUGUCGUUUUUAUUCUCGGAAAUCUCGGUGAAAAAGCUGCAGAAAUGUUGGAUCUGCGCCUGCACAAUGAGACCUGCAACAACGGCUCUUUGCUCCGGGUCGACUGUGGCUCCAUGUCGGCGGUCUGCGUCCUCACUGACCAGACGUUUAUGACGGCCAUCAUUCCUCUCAACAAUGGCACCAGACCAGUUGAGGUGACGGUGACGAAAACCUAUAACCUUCUCCUGGGGCUGGGUCUGGCUCUGCUGUCGGCCACAUUCAUUGGAGUGAGUGUGAUCAUGAAGAAGAAGGCUCUGCUGCGCCUGCCGAACGACGGGAGCACAAGGGCAGGCGAUGGAGGCCACGGCUACCUGAAGGACUGGCUCUGGUGGGGCGGACUGCUGACCAUGGCGGCAGGGGAGGUGUUAAACUUCGUGGCUUAUGCCUUUGCUCCUGUGACCCUCGUGACCCCGCUGGGCGCCCUCGCUGUCAUCGUCAGUGCAGUUCUGUCUUCCGUCCUGUUGGGGGAGGCACUAAACCUCAUCGGGAAACUGGGCUGCUUCCUGUGCAUCAUCGGCAGCGUCCUGUUGGUCAUCCACGCGCCACAGGAAAAGGAAGUGACAUCACUGCAGGAGCUGACAGUGAAGCUUCUGGAGCCGGGGUUCCUGGUCUAUGCCAUCCUGGUGUUUCUGGCGGCGUUUGUUCUCAUCGUGAUCUUCGCUCCUCGGUUUGGUCAGACUCACAUCCUGGUUUAUAUCUCCAUCUGCUCUCUGCUCGGAGCCUUCACCGUCGCCUCCGCCAAAGGACUCAUCAUCGUCCUGCAGACCUGUAUGUUUGACUACACAGUGUUAGCGAAUCCUCUGACCUACAUCCUGCUCAUCACACUCAUCCUCUCCAUCCUGGCUCAGGUGAACUAUUUGAACAAGUCCCUGGACAUUUUCAACACUCAGAUGGUUUACCCCAUUUACUACGUGUUCUUCACGUCCGUGGUCCUCUGCACGUCCAUCAUUCUGUUCCAGGAGUGGAGCUCCAUGUCCCCCAUCGCCGUGGUGACGACCGUGGGGUCAUUCAUGGUUAUUGUGGUGGGCGUCGCUAUGCUCAACCUCUUCAGGGACAGCACUUUGAGCAACCAAAUGGAGCGUCCUCUGGACCCUCUCCCCAAUGACCCCCCCACCAGCCCCCCGACCACUGCCUCCAACACCACGGCAACUGGGCGCAAGGGGCGGAGCAAGGAAGAGGACAAGUAUGGACUCAUAGAGAACAUGAUGAUCGAGAGUCUGCCCCCUAUGGGAGAGGAGGGGCCUCGCGUCUUCAUCAUCAGCUGAGACACAGAUGGGAUUUUAUAUUAAAGUCUGAAUGAUUUUAUUAGUUUUGUACAUUUCUAAAGGAGCUGUCUAUCGACAUUAAGCUGACGACGUCACAACAUUCUGAAUUUUUAGAAUGAGGAAACAUGAACAUUUCAGUAGUGAGCAAAGACGUAUUUUCCUGUGACAGAGACAGUUCUUUAUAAAAACUGCAGCACUGUUUUAAAAAAAAAUCAAACUCGUCGCUGUUUGUCCCAAACUCUUCAUCACAUCAGCAAAUCAGGUCAGAAUUGCCCUAAACCAUUUCAUCAGAUUAACGUUCAAAUAAUAAUUAUUAUUAAUCUUAUUUUGUGUCUUGUUUGUCCAUUUCAACCUUUUUAAGUUAAUUUAAAGAGUUGUACAUAGUGAUAAUACUGUACUUAAGUUCUUC